UGCCAGUUUCUCUGACUGGAAUGGAGCUAGCAAGAAAGUAGCACAGAGUUUUGAAUCGGGUUGAAGUUUUAGCACAAGAUAAACACAACUUGACGGGAAUCUGAACAGAGAGUGGAGUGAAAUGAAACGCGAUGUCCGGAUACUGCUGCUGGGGGAACCCAAAGUGGGGAAGACCUCUCUUAUCAUGUCUCUGGUUGGAGAGGAGUUUCCUGAUCAGGUUCCUCUCAGAGCAGAGGAGAUCACCAUACCUGCAGAUGUCACACCUGAGAAAGUGCCCACACAUAUAGUCGACUAUUCAGAAAGUGAGCAAUCUGAGGAUGUGUUGAGAGAAGAAAUCGUAAAGGCCAAUGUCGUGUGUGUGGUUUAUGAUGUCACACAAGAAGAAACCAUUGACAAGAUCAGGACUAAAUGGAUCCCUCUGGUGAACGGAGGAGCUGAAAAAGGAAGCAAGAUUCCCAUUAUCCUAGUAGGCAACAAGUCUGACCUUCGCUCUGGCAGCUCCAUGGAAACCAUCCUUCCAAUCAUGAACAAGUUUUCUGAGAUCGAGACCUGUGUGGAGUGCUCUGCUAAGAAUCUGAAGAAUAUUUCAGAGCUUUUCUACUAUGCUCAAAAAGCCGUUCUACACCCGACUGCUCCACUCUAUGACCCUGAAGACAAACAGCUGAAGCCGCAGUGCGUGCACGCUCUGAGUCGGAUCUUCAGUAUCUCUGAUCAGGAUAACGAUCACAUUCUCAGUGAUGCUGAACUGAACUGCUUUCAGAAAUUAUGUUUUGGGAAUCCACUCGCUCCUCAAGCUUUAGAGGACGUGAAAACAGUUGUGUGGAAGAACACCAGUGAUGGAGUGCAGGACAACGGACUCACACUCAACGGGUUCCUGUUUUUAAACACACUCUUUAUCCAGAGAGGACGUCAUGAGACUACCUGGACCAUCCUGCGCAAAUUUGGCUACGAUGACACACUGGAACUGACAGACGACUACCUCUACCCACAAUUGAGAGUACCUGUCGGUUGUACGACAGAGUUGAAUGAUCUGGGUCAACAGUUCCUGCAGAAACUAUUUGAUAAGUAUGAUGAGGAUAAGGACUCGGCUCUCUCUCCCGCAGAGUUGAGAAAUCUGUUUAGUGUUUUACCCUACAUGCCCUGGGGCCCGUCAGUGUACAGUAACAUCCCCAUAACAGAAGAGAACUAUAUAUCUCAACCUGGCUACUUCUGUCAGUGGAUGUUGUCUGCAUAUCUGGACGUCCACCGGUGUUUGGAGCAUCUGGGUUACCUCGGCUACCCGAUUCUCAUGGAGCAAGACUCCCAGACAUCUGCCAUCACAGUAACAAGGGAAAAGCCGUUAGAUCUGGAGAAGAGACAGACCCAGCGAACUGUGUUCCUCUGUAAAGUGAUCGGCCCUCGCGGAACAGGAAAGACCGACUUCCUUCGAGCUUUUCUGCAGCGGAGUGCUGAGAGAAACGAUUGCAACCCUGGUCCCCCUUCAGUAUAUGCCAUCAACAGCGUCUCAGUAGCCAAUCAGGACAAGUAUCUAAUACUGGAAGAGGUUGACGUAGAAACAGAGUUCCUAAAAGCAGCAGAUGUGGCGUGUGAUGUGGCGUGUCUCAUGUAUGAUGUCAGCGAUCCAGACUCAUUCAAUUACUGUGCUAGUAUAUAUAAGCAGCACUAUAUGGACAGCGGGAUCCCGUGUGUGGUGGUGGGCUCUAAAGCUGAUCUUAUAGAAGUUAAACAGCAUCACGGGAUGAGCCCGUCUGAGUUUUGUUACAAACAUCGGCUGCCUUCACCUCUCCAUUUCUCAACACUGCUCACAAACACACACACACACAUCUACAGCAAGCUCACCUGGGCCGCCAUGUACCCGCACCUGAAUGGAUCAGACAUGAGCAGCACGUCUUUCUGGCUGCGUGUGACUCUGGGCGCCACAAUAGCAGCCAUGCUAGGCUUCGCUCUCUACAGAGCCUUUAGCCGACACAAAUAAUGCACACACACACACACACACACACACACACACACACACACACACACACACACACACACACACCCGCAAUGCAUUCAGAUAAACACACUCUCACUCAUUGCUGUCUGUCUCGGCCUUACAGAGUCAUUUGAGCUUGAACCGGGGCCUGAACCCCUACUAGUUACAGUGACAAACAUACAGAAGUAAGCAAAUGUUUUUGUUAAAUUAGAUAUUGUUAACUAGAGGAUUCCACAUAGAAACACAUGCACAUAAAUUGAGGAAAGACUUAUGGGUUUGCUUUUAUUAUGAAUUUCCUGACCUUCAUGAUCUACAUGCUUGACCCCAGGAAACAUUUUUCCAAAUUGAGAGCUUUUUCCAAGCUGACAUGUGUUUUGAAUUGUAUUUAAAAUGUGUUAAAAAUGUAAUUAAGAGAGAGAGAAAUCAGAAUGGAUCAAGAAUGUAUUUCAUGUGAAUAUGUUCAAACUCUGAACCAUAUAGGACGAAUAUUCAAUACAACUCGGUGUUGGGGUCAGUUAUUCAGUUUUAACUCGGCCAAUUCAGGUAACAUAAUUUACAAUUCAGUUUCAGAAUAUGUAAGAAAUUUAAGGAAAAUUCCAGGUUAAACGCUAACUUAAACUGAAUCUGUGAGCUGUUGAUCACAUAAAACAAUUUCGAUUCGUAGCUCAGUUUGUAAAAAGAAACAGACAAAAAAAUAAUUCAGAAAGGCACUUUUUGUUUUCUUUUCAAAAUGAUGUAUGAGUUGAAAUUAUUUUCUGUGGUAGUUGACAGUAUGCCACAUAUGCUCGAUAGAAAUACAUUUUAUAAUUGUAAUAUAUACAAUAUGCUAAAUUUAGAACAUCAUCAAAAUUGGCUGAAUUGAAACAGAAUAAAACUCAGUCCUUCUGCAUUUCCAUUUUCUGCCCUUCAGAUGGACAUUAAUGUGUGUGGACCAUGACUGACAAAUGUAUGUUAAUUGUUUUGGCAAAAUCCAUUGAUGACUUUCAGAAUAGAUUGGCCUAAAUUGUAGGGGAGAAUGAUGUCUGAUUUUGUUUUAAAAUUACAAUAGAGAUGGAUGGUGUUAAUAAGUGUAUUGUAAAUGAUAUUUUUAAGGUAAAUGCUCUGAUGCUGAAUAAUGGUCCUGUUCAGAGUUAUGCCAUUGUUACAGUAAACAGAGAAUCAGGUAUCACUACUUACAUCACUGUAAUUGAUAGAAAGGGAAAUGAGUGGUCAGAAUAAACAGUAUAGAACAGCCUCGCUGAUUGUAAUUAGAAGGAUCGUCCAUACUGGAUCUAUCUAGGAACUUUGUCAGUUUAUCGAUUAUCUCAGAUGAUCAGACACUUGUUUAAACCUUUUUAUAAACUAGUCGGAUCAGCACAAAUCUAAAAAUUCUCUCCCCGUCUUUUUCAUUCAUUUGAAUCACCCUGAAAAUAUUGAGGGGGUAAAAAGAGGACGCAAGCAUUUCUGUGGCUGUUCUGAUUUGUCAGUUUAAUUUUCAAAAUGUCAAUUAUCUUGUUCAGUAUUAAUACCCAAACGGAUCACUUCUGUUAAUGUUGGUGGGCCCAAUUUUAAAGUACUGAAAGCUUGUAUCUUUGUGACUGUGGUCUUCCAGCCUCACUAUUAAAUGAGAUGCUUGGAAUGGAGCCAGCGUGUUCUAAUAGAAAUAUUUUGUAAUAAACUAGCUUUUUUUUCUGGU